GAAGUUUUGUCCCCAGUGCUUCUAAUAUUUGGAUAUUUAUUAUUAUUAGCAUACUCAGGAACUGAAGUUUUGUGUCUUUGUAUAGGCAGUGUGUACUUUUUUGUGCAUUCUCUCAUUUUCAAUAUCUGGAACUUAUGAGGUGUUAUGUCUGCUCUUUGCACCGAAUGUUGUGAGGGAACCAAUGUUGAGGAGCACAUUCUGCUCCCUUAACAUCUGUAACCGGAAGUCAGUGAGCCCAAUACUAAUUAAGCCUGAGAGGGAGGAAAGCGGAAGUUGAUGCUCAGUCUAUACUUUUCCUAUCUCUAUGGCGGAGAGGUAGUGCGUCGGUGAAAAGGUCCGUGCUGCAGAUGGAGGAGAAAGAGGUUUGCAUCAUGUCAAAAAGCCAUAAGCAGUCUGCAUUAGCCUUUAGCCAGGCAGUGAUUGGCCCUCCUGGCUCAGGGAAAACAACCUACUGCCUUGGCAUGCAGGAGUUCCUUUCCGCAAUCGGGCGCAAGGUUGCCAUUGUGAAUCUGGACCCAGCCAAUGAAAGGAUUCCUUACCAGUGUGCUGUGGACAUAUCAGAACUGAUCACCUUGGCUGACGUCAUGGAGAACCUGGAAUUGGGACCCAACGGUGGCUUGAUUUACUGCAUGGAGUACUUGGAAGCUAACUUUGACUGGCUGCAGGAGAAACUGGCCCAGUUUAAGGGUCAUUACUUCUUGUUUGACUGUCCAGGGCAAGUGGAACUAUGCACCCACCAUAAUUCAUUGAGAAACAUCUUUGCUCAGCUUGCUAAGUGGAACUUCAGGCUGGCUGCAGUUCAUUUGGUGGAUUCUCAUUACUGCACCGACCCUGGCAAAUUCAUCUCUGUUCUCUGCACAUCCCUCUCCACCAUGCUGCAUGUUGAGCUGCCCCACAUCAAUGUCCUCUCCAAAAUGGACCUGAUAGAACAAUAUGGGAAAUUGGCUUUCAAUCUAGAUUACUACACAGAAGUUCUUGAUCUGUCUUACCUCGUGGAUCACUUGGCUUCAGAUCCAUUUUUCAAGAAAUACCGUCGCUUAAAUGAGAAACUUGUGGAAGUGAUUGAGGACUACAGCUUGGUCUCUUUUAUUCCUCUCAAUGUCCAGGAUAAGGAGAGUAUGAGGCGUGUGAUGCAGGCAGUGGACAAAGCCAAUGGCUAUUCUUUUGGAGACUUGGAGCAGAGAAGCCUUGAAGCAAUGAUGUCUGCCGCAGUAGGAGCUGAUUUUCAUUUCACAUCUACACUGGCUGUCCAGGAGAAGUAUAUGCAGCCAGAUGAGAAAACUGUGGAACAAGAAGCGAUGGAAACCCAAUAGGACUGCAGCAACUGAUGAGGGAAUCACCUGUGCAAGAUAUCUUCUUCUUUGGGAUAUGAAGCUGCAACCUCUGUAUUUUCACAGUCUGCCAAAAUGCAGCCCACACCUUUUCAGUUCAUUUGGCAUCUAUAACAGAGAAAGAUAAGCCCGCCACUUUUCCUGCAGGAAGAUGAUAGACCUCCACCUGAUUUAUGUCUGACCAAAGAAGUGGCUCAUUAGCCAAAGGACCCAGAAUGUUGUUGCAGUCGAGGUCAAAUCUCUCCCCCAAAAAAGCUAAGAUAGCAUGUGAAGGAGGUUUCCAGUAGAAGCUACCAGUGUGACAUCUCUGUCUUUCUGUCUUUGGGAUUCUCUAUUCCAGUCUUCCUCAACCUCUACCUUACAGGUAUCUUGGCCUUUAAUACCUAUUGUCACAGGCCACAAUGGCUGGGGAAGAUUGGAGUGGAAGUCCCAGGUAUCUGAAAGUUGCAAGCUUGAAGGAGAUUGCUUUAUCCUAUUAUCGCAUAAGACCUUGGCAGUCUUUCUUCUGCAACCAGUUUCCCUUCAACAUUUUGAAAUGUGAAGAUGAAAAGCGGUGAUUGAUGCCAGUCUCUUUUCAGAAACAGCAGUCCCCAAAAUCGCCCUUAUGAGGGCCUUGGACUGAAUCUUUUAGAAGUUGUCUUCUGAUGUGGAGACUACUGAAUAAAAGUAUUUCUGUGCUCUGUA